UUGCUUUAAAUGAUUCGGAAACUGAUCGGAUUGCAGUAGAUGAGUAUCAUUGAUCAACAUGUUCAGUGUCUUCACCGUAUACUUUCUUGCCCAUCUUGCAGUUUUUCCCAGAGGGUGCUGGGCAACAAAUUACACCUUUCCUGAUGAUUUUUUGCUUGGGGUAGCAACAUCAUCUUACCAAAUCGAAGGAGCAUGGAACGAAAGUGGAAAAGGUGAAAACAGCUGGGACCAUUUCACCCAUAACAACCCAGAUACUGUUAUUGAUAGAACCAAUGGUGACAUAGCAUGCGAUUCGUAUCACAAAUACGAAGAGGACAUCGAACUUCUUAAGAAUUUAGGGGUAGAUUUUUAUAGAUUUUCUUUAUCGUGGACAAGAAUCUUCCCAACUGGAUAUCCUCACAAUAUUAAUUACGAAGGCAUUAAUUAUUACAACAAGAUACUUAAUUUACUUGCGGCCAAUAACAUUACGGCUAUGGUUACUCUGUUUCAUUGGGAUCUUCCACAAAACCUUAUGGAGUUAGGAGGAUUGACAAAUUCUAGGUUUGUCACCUACUAUACUGAAUACGCAAGAACGGCUUUUGAACAUUUCGGCGAUCGAGUUAAAUAUUGGUUAACUUUUAAUGAACCAUAUCAAACUUGUAUGUUUUCUUAUGGCGGAACAAGGCUGGCUCCUGCUUUGGGAAUGUCAGGGAUUGCCGACUAUCUCUGCGGCCAUAAUCUACUUAAAGCUCAUGCUGCUGCUUAUCACCUAUAUAAUACGACAUACAAACCAAAAUACAAAGGUAAAAUCGCAAUCUCAAUAAGUGCUGCUUGGAUUGAACCAAAUAGCACAGGCGAUGAGGCAGCUGCAGAAAGAUUAAGACAGUUUUUGUAUGGUAUGCAUUUAAAUCCAAUUUUUUCAUCUAAUGGAGACUAUUCAAAUGUUGUAAAAGAGUCUAUAGCAACACAAAGUUUUUUGGAGGGUUAUAAACGUUCGAGGCUUCCAGAGUUUACCCAAGACGAAAUUAACUAUAUAAAAGGAACUUAUGAUUUUAUGGGUUUGAAUCACUAUACUUCACACUUAGCUGCCAAUUCUCCAAGCACCAGCCUACAGACUUCAUACGACAAUGACUAUAAGGCCACAUAUUGGUUUGAUGAUAGUUGGACUAUGGAUGGUUCCGGCAGUGCACGGGUUGUUCCAUGGGGUUUCAGAAAAUUGCUGGUGUGGCUAAAAAAUUCGUACAAUGACCCUGAAAUCUUUGUAACGGAAAAUGGAUAUUGUGAUUUUGGUGACAUGGAUGAUAGAGGAAGGGUUUCAUAUUAUGGCCAAUAUCUUGAAGCUCUCUUGGACGCCAUUUAUGUCGAUAAUGUCAAAGUUAUUGCCUACACAGCCUGGAGUUUAAUGGAUAAUUUUGAAUGGAAUCUGGGAUAUGUAUUUAAGUAUGGUCUAUACUAUGUGAAUUUUACUGAUCCCGAACGUCCUAGAAUUCCAAAAUCUUCAGCAUAUUUUAUUAAAUACGUGUAUGGAAAUAGAACAGUAGUCAGUUACGACAAGAUUCUUUAAAGAAUAUUAUUAUUAUUAUUAUUUUCUAUUAAUUUCUGUAUCAGAAUAAAGUUUAUUUUUCAUAA